AUGAGCCUCGCCGUCGCCAAAACGCCGCCGCUGAUAAUAAAGGGUCUCAGGCCUGGGAGAACCACCUCCACCAGGGUCUCAGGCCUGGGAGAACCACCUCCACCAGGGUCUCAGGCCUGGGAGAACCACCUCCACCAGGGUCUCAGGCCUGGGAGAACCACCUCCACCAGGGUCUCAGGCCUGGGAGAACCACCUCCACCAGGGUCUCAGGCCUGGGAGAACCACCUCCACCAGGGUCUCAGGCCUGGAAGAACCACCUCAACCAGGGUCUCAGGCCUGGAAGAACCACCUCCACCAGGGUCUCAGGCCUGGAAGAACCACCUCCACCAGGGUCUCAGGCCUGGAAGAACCACCUCCACCAGGGUCUCAGGCCUGGAAGAACCACCUCCACCAGGGUCUCAGGCCUGGAAGAACCACCUCAACCAGGGUCUCAGGCCUGGGAGAACCACCUCCACCAGGGUCUCAGGCCUGGAAGAACCACCUCCACCAGGGUCUCAGGCCUGGAAGAACCACCUCAACCAGGGCUCUGUGGUGUUUCCUGUGUGUGGGGAGUCUGGCCUGCCUCCGGUGGUGGCAGGGGGAACAGCGGGUGUGUGGGUUAUUAAUGUGAGGUCUUUGUUCUGCCUGGUGCUUCAGCAGACGGCUCACGUGAUGGAGCUGUUUACCAAAGCCAGAAUGUGGACGAUGUGUCUUCUAGAACAUGCAGAAACUGUUGUUGUGUGUUGGCUCUGA